UGGUGCCAAACAGAGCCUUAGGUUCCUAUAAAUGCACACACUCUCUUAACAAACCUCCUCUUCUUCCACCCUCUUCUUCUGCUUCUCACUUCCGCGAUCACACAGCGAGAGAGAGAAAGAGAAAGAGAGAGAGAGAGAGAGAAAGAGAUCGGAAUAAUCAAACCGAGCAACGAACCCUAACUAAUUUCGUUUUUUCUUCUUCAAUCUGUUCUCGGUCACGUGAUCACUCCCAAUCCAUCACGUGAUUAUUCGAUUCCAUCAUCGUUCCGAUUCCAAUGGCCAUGACCGGUGCAGGUGCUCCUUCCAAUCAUUCACCGAAUCUCACCGUCGUUGGAACUGGAGGCGUUGGUUCCUCUGCGUGGAGCCACGUCGCCGCCGCCGCCGCCGCUCCUCCUACGCAGCCGCUCGUCGAGGCUCCAGCUGUUUCUGUGAAUUCUGUUGGUGGAGUCAGCCAGGGCUACGGCGAAAUCUCCCGCGCUGUCGGAGACUGCUGCGAAGGGCCCUGUGCCGGAAUUGCAGAAUACUGGGAGCUCUGUUCCUUCUUCUCCACAGAGGCAAGUUAAGGACAAUGCAGGCAUGAGCAAUGCAGUGCCGACUCACCAAAGGACAUUUAGAAGGAACAAUUCAAAUACCUCCUCUAAUGGAGGCCACCCACAGCAACAUUCUGGUCCUCAAGGUUCUGUCACUGCAUCAGGGCCCCAACACCAUGGCUCUAGGACUGGAUUUGGGUCUAGUGACCACCCUCAGCAGCGUAAUGACCAUCCUCAGCGUAAUUCGUUUAGAAACCGGAAUGGUGGUCCACAUCCUCGUGGAGAUGGGGGUCACCAUCAUAAUUAUGGUGGCAGACGUGAUCAGGGACAUGGGCAUCAGGACUGGAAUGCUCAUCGAAACUUCAAUGGCAGAGACAAUUAUAUGUCGCCGAGAUUUGGUCCGAGGAUGGUGCAAGGUCCGCCACCACCUCCUCCUAAUCACUUCUAUGCUGCACCCCCAACGAUGAGGCCUUUUGGGGGCAUGGGGUAUUCUGAACCACCUCUUCAGCAGAUGGUGUACAUGCCAUCUCCACACCUGGAUUCACUAAGAGGUGUUUCUUAUAUUCCUCCAAUACCACCAAAUUUGAUGUAUUAUCAACCUCCUGAUCCUCACUUGUAUACAAAGAUAGUGAACCAGAUUGAUUACUAUUUUAGUAAUGACAAUUUGAUCAAAGAUCUGUACUUGCGGCAGAACAUGGAUGACCAGGGGUGGGUUCCUAUAAGCUUGAUAGCAGGAUUCAAGAAAGUUAUGCAGCUGACUGAUAACAUCCAGGUUGUGUUGGAUGCCGUUCGAACUUCAUCCGUCCUCGAAGUGAAUGGCGACAAGAUAAGGAGGCGAAAUGAUUGGGCGAGAUGGCUCAUUCCCCCUAAUAUCAUGAGUUCUCAAACUGUUGGAAGGUUGGCAGAACAGAUUCAAAGCAUUACUCUAGAGUCAACUAACAAUGACAGUGCUCAAGGAUUAGAUGCUUUACAGAAUAGGCCUUUUGGGGAAUUAAAUAGUCAACUUCUGCCCUCCACCAGCGAUGGUGGUCAAGCUGGGAUUCAGGUUUCAAAUCACUCAAUUUCUGCGCAAAACUAGUUUCAGAUGUUCUAAAAAACAUUUUUUGUGGGAGAAUAUUCUUAGGGCAAAAUGGAAAGCAGGUAUCUAUCAUGGUCUUAAUUUUUACAUGUGGCAUGGUGGGAUUCAAUUUCUCAUGAGGUAUAUAGAAAAACAUGAUUGAGAAAUGGGAAGGAAAAAUCCCUCAAAGAAUAGACACAAUUUUAUACAUUAUAACAAAAAUAUAUAUAUACACGGCUGUCCUAUGGCAUGAUGGUGGUUGUUUGUUUAAAUCAGGGGAUUUGUUUUUCUACUUUCUUCUUUCUUUUUCCCCCAAACCUUCCCCUCAGCUAUUUUUUAGAAUCUUUGGGGUCAAUUUCUCUCCUUGUACCUGCUAUAAUUGGGUGUUGAAUGAGUUCUCCGUGCUGCUGCAAGUGAAGGGUGAAGAUGGCUGUCUAUGGUGGAGAUUGUCUCUGCAACUGCUUAACAGAUGAUGAUUGCAUGAUUUUGCAGUCACAUGUCUGUAAUGACUUGGUCUUUAGACUUUUUUUUUUAAUUUGUUUUUUUUUUUAAUUUAAACUCACAUUUUCUUAGGUUUAGAUUA